AUGCUGCCCUCCAGCCAGUCAGAAUUGCGCCUGUUCACUGUGCCCAUAGAUCGAUACGAACUGUUGGGAUUGUCCACCAAUCAGGCGGCGGCACAGACAGGUCGUACUGGCGGGCCUGACCGGCUCAGGUUCGCCCCGGCUUGCUCACACUCGCUUCGGACCGAUCUGACGGCGCAUGCCGAGCCAGACACCAAACCGAGCCUGGCCGUGAGGCUGUGCUUGCCAAGCCGCGGCUCGCCGUCGCACGAGAAUGCCGCAAAAGCUCUACUCGAAAAACUAUGCCAACAUUUGCCCCUUCAUCAACGUCUCGGUGGUCGGGAUGAGCGGAUCCGGGAAGUCAGGUGA